CAUUUCCUUGUUUCCUACUAUUUUUAUGAACUCAUUCACAAAAUGAAUAAUAUAAUUUAUUAUAUUAUGCAAAGGCAUUGCACUUAUACAAGAUUGUGUUGAAACAUUUAUCUAUUAAAUAAUUCUACAAGUUGUCAUGAACGGGUCUAACAGUACCAAUAGCAUUUUCGGUCCUAAGUCUUUGGUGAAACUCACUGACGAUGAACAAAACACAAGUACAUUGCAGGUCUCGAGCAUUGCAAAACCCGCAACGUCUCGAGAUAAUGCGCGCGACAGCACGGAAGACCUUUUGGACCUCAAGGGGAAGGUAGAAUCGAGAUUGAUGUCUAUGUGGAACAAUGUGAAGUUCGGAUGGACAGUGAAGAUAAAGACGAGCUUCUCCAAAGAAUCGCCAGUAUGGCUCCUCGGUCGUUGCUACCAUCGGAAACUGAGUCCUACGGGCUCACUAGAGUCUUCCACGGAAAUGGGCACCGAGGCGACCGCUCACAAUGCUGUGGAUCACAUUUACGGCGAAGGAAUUGAAGGCUUCAAAUCGGAUUUUAUUAGUAGAAUAUGGAUGACUUACAGAAGAGAGUUUCCGAUGAUAUCGGGCUCAUCAUUCACAACUGAUUGUGGAUGGGGAUGUAUGCUGCGCAGUGGCCAAAUGAUGCUAGCCCAGGCACUAGUGUGUCAUUUUCUGGGUCGAUCGUGGCGAUGGUCACCAGACAAAUCCAUACAGAAUGCUAGAGAAUUUCAAGAAGACUGCCUUCACCGCAUGAUUAUCAAAUGGUUCGGUGAUAAGUCAUCCGUGAACAGCCCUCUGUCUAUACAUCAAAUGGUGGGCUUGGGUGAAGCUUUAGGAAAGAAACCGGGAGAUUGGUAUGGACCCGCAUCCGUCGCUCAUUGUUUAAAGUCUGUAGUCGCCGCCGCCUCAAAAGAAAAUUAUGAGUUUGAUAAUUUAGAAGUUUAUGUUGCUCAAGAAUCAACAAUAUACAUACAGGAUGUGUACUCUCAGUGUCGAUUGCCAGAUAGCAGGUGGAAGUCUCUGAUACUGCUAGUUCCUGUCAAGCUAGGCAAUGAUAAGUUUAAUCCUAUUUAUGGUCCGUGUCUCACAUCUCUCUUGACUCUGGAUUAUUGUAUCGGGAUAAUUGGAGGGAGACCCAAGCAUUCCUUAUAUUUUGUUGGUUAUCAGGAGGACAGACUCAUACAUCUCGAUCCCCACUACUGCCAAGAAAUGGUGGAUGUCUGGCAGCCCAACUUUUCCCUGCAAACAUUUCACUGUCAUUCACCAAGAAAGAUGGUCAUAACGAAGAUGGAUCCGUCAUGCUGCAUAGGGUUCUAUAUUGCAACACACCAUGAAUUUGAAACAUUUGUAAAUAUUGUAAGUGCAUUCCUCGUGCCGCAGGGAGUCACGGCCAACAACGAAUACCCUAUAUUCACUUUACACAACGGAUCUCGCUCCUCUGUGAUGAAUCCACCGAACAUUAGAUAUUCCAUAUAUGAGGCUGAACAGCACUGGAUUGCUCCAAGCUUAUUGGACAGUGAUACAGAUAUUGAAUCUGAAGAGUUUGUUCUAAUUUAAAUAUCCAACUUUGUGACACUUUUACCUGCCACAAUAUAAUAUCAAAGAUGUAAAUGUAUAUAGUUUGAAACUAAUAGAAAAAUUUAUAUUUAAAAAAUAACACUGUAGAUUAUCUUUAUUUGCAAUAUCUUUGAUAGUAAUAAUUGCAAUAAAAAUAUAAUUCAUUUUAUUGUUAGGUAACUUAUCUGUAUGACCAGAAUAAUAAAAAACUGUAAAAUUCGAUGUAACAUGUGUUAGGUUGCUGUAACCUAAUAUGGGUUUUUAUUAUUUUUCUAGUAAGGUUCUUAUUUAGUUAUUUUUCAAAAGCUUUAAGCACUUUAUUAGCUUUAUACAUAAAAU